GGCAAUUCUUCAUAUCCAGUAAAUUUGACGGAUCCUAGAAGCAGCUAUGACGAUGUGAUAGCGACGACACUCGUUUUCGUGGUGGCUAUGAUUGGCUUAUCAACUAAUGGCAUAUCAGCUUUUGUCGUUUUCAAAGCUGAUCACCUGAGGAAUGCAUUCGGAUACUCUUGUGCGACUCACGCAGCCGGCAACAUUGGAGUGCUACUAAUAUUUGCUUUUUGGGCUGCUCCUUUACUAAUUGCGCAACAUCUAUUCGAUAAUAAUUCACGAGUAUUCAUUAUAAUAUCGAAUACAGCCGGUCAGCUGACCAUUUUUUUCUAUUAUGGCGGUAUAUAUACAAAUGUUUUGAUAACGAUCAAUCGACUUUUCGUUAUCAACUGGCCAAGUUUAUAUAAUAAAUAUUUUGAUCCACAAAUGACAAUCCGAUGGAUUAUGCUUGUUUGGACUGGUUGCCACUUUAAUUUUGAUGGAAGCAUUUAUAUGUGGACUUAUUCCAAUAGCAAAUGCGGAAUGAUCAUUGCAUCCUAUUUUGAGUUCAUCAUUAAUAUUUUAGCUGCAACCACAAUUCUCGUCCUUGAUUUAUACAUAUUUAUUAAGUUAACUAUGAUGUCCAAGGUACGUUUAUCAGUUACACUGCAAAUGAAUAAUGCAUAA